GUCUCUGGCACAAUGUCUGGACGCGGCAAAGGCGGGAAGGGUCUCGGGAAAGGCGGCGCCAAGCGCCACCGCAAGGUGCUCCGCGACAACAUCCAGGGCAUCACCAAGCCCGCCAUCCGCCGCCUGGCCCGGCGCGGCGGCGUCAAGCGCAUCUCGGGGCUCAUCUACGAGGAGACCCGCGGGGUGCUCAAGGUCUUCCUGGAGAACGUCAUCCGCGACGCCGUCACCUACACCGAGCACGCCAAGCGCAAGACCGUCACGGCCAUGGACGUGGUCUACGCGCUCAAGCGCCAGGGCCGCACCCUCUACGGCUUCGGCGGCUAAACUUCGGUUUGGCUCC